GCUUUCGCUGUGCGUCUCCUCUAACGACAAAGCCAAACCCUUAUUUUUCUGAAUCACAGACUGCGAGAAUAUCAGAAUACAACAUUCCGCCGCCAUGUUCACGUUCUGUCGCCGGAGCAUCUCCGCCGCCACGAGAUUGCUUUCUCGAUGUGUGGACGCCACACCUUUCCGCCGGAGGUUUGGUGCGGCGGUCGAGCUCGAAUACGACGAGUGGGACGAGGACCAUCGUUUCAGUCACGGAUCGCCGCCGAUGCCACCGAUGGCAGCCACGGCUAAGUGGGGGAAUAUGAACGAGAGGGGCGUGCAUUGGGUGUUCAUGGGGAGCGCUGGAGCGCAGAAGAGGGAAUACGCUACACGGGUCGCGCAGCUCCUCAACGUCCCCUACAUCUCUAUGGGAGCCCUCGUACGCCAGGAACUCCAGCCGCACUCAUCGCUCUAUACUAAGAUUGCAAGUGCCCUAAACGAAGGGAACCUUGUUACAGAGGAUAUCAUCUUCGGUUUGCUAUCAAAACGGCUUGAGGAAGGUUAUGACAGAGGCGAGAAUGGAUUCAUUCUUGGUGGAAUCCCCAGAACUCGUAUUCAAGCUGAGAUCCUUGAUGAGAUUUCAGACAUUGAUUUGGUAGUAAAUUUGAAGCCUGCAGAGGAUUGUUUGGUGAAAAAACAUACUGGAAAUGACAUAUGUGCAAGGUGUGGAAAGAUUUAUGAUAUCUUCAAUCCUCAAUCCACCCGUCUCAAUCCAUGUUUAGCCACAAGUACAAGUCAUUCCAAACUGAAUACUUCAGCGGCAUUUGAUAUGGACAAAUCUCGCUUGGAAAAAUUGCAAAUGUAUUCUGAGCAGAACAAACAACUGGAAGAUUACUACAGGCAGCAGAAGAAGCUCCUUGACUUCCAUGUCACCGGCGCGCCCGGGGAGACCUGGCGAGGUCUUUUAGCUGCUCUUCAUCUACAGCCAAUUCAUGCAGCCAGAUUGUCGCAGAAAUUGACUGUAUGAUCUGGAUUCUAAUUUUUCUUCCACAAGUUGGAAGAAGAGCCUCUUUGCAGGACAAGGUUAGUGUGCCUGGGGCUAAUGUCUCUUCUGGAGAGGCUGGAGUUUUUUUUUUUUUUUUUGACAAUUUUCUUUUGUUAGUGUAUAGUUUGUAUGCAAUUUUGCUGAAAACGAUCGAAUUAGAGGAGGUUUAGCCUUUCAUUAUUUUUAUUAUUUUUAUAAGAUUUUCAUUUUU